AUGUCGUCUUGGUCGUCGCUGAAGAAGGGCGGCAAAGUGAUCUCCCUGGACACCAGCAGCUCUGAAGAGAACAAGGAGCCAAACAGCCCUGUGAAUGAGGAAGCCGCCGAGGGAAAGGAGGCCGCGGUUGCGAGCAAAGCUGAAUCGCAUAUGCCAGCAGUGAAGGUCGAGAAGACGGAACCCGAUGACACCAGUUCCAAGAAGCGGAAGGCUUGCGACAUGAUUUGGCGCGAGCACACAGGUUUCGGCCUCUGCCGCGGCUCCAACCAACUUCCUUGCAGCUUCGGAAAGGAUGGACUUCCUGCACAGGCUGGUCCAUGCAGCCGCUGCGACCUCUGCAGCAGCGACGCGCUGGAGGCCUUGCACGACGGCAUGCCGCAGCGCGUCACCCACUUGCUGUCAAACCUCCAUGGAAAGCCCCUCAAGCAUGCUUUCGUGCGUAUCAAGAUUGUGUUGGGCAAGGCUGCAGAGGCGGACUACAAAAUGCGGCGACAGCGAGUCCUGCAACGUCGAAAUCCGCAUCGACCCAAGCGA